AUUCGAGCUGCCAAUCUCAGUGGAGACUGUACACUGAUGAAUGAAAUAGCCAGGUUUAAAUUUGGAUUAAAAGGACACCAUCAGACUUGUGUACGAGACAGAGCAAUUCGUUCCAUUCUGGCUGUUAGAAAAGUUAGCAAAGAAACGGCAGAAAAAGCUGUGGAUGAAGUUUUUGAUGCCUGUUUCAAUGAUCUGGAACCUUUUGGAAGAAUCCCGCACAGUAAAACGGAUGCAAGACGUGCUUACAGAGACUUUCAGAACAGAGAUCGCUAUAAUGCUAAUUUGUAA